UAUUGGAAGUGUUGCUGGAACUAUUUCAACAUUAGGUUAUAAAUAUAUACUUGAAUUAUUAAAAAAAGUUCGUAUUCAUGAUACAUGUGGUGUUCAUAAUUUACAUGGAAUGCCUGGAGUUUUAUCUGGUUUAGCUGGAAUUGUUGUUGCUAGUAUGCCUUGGAGAUCAUAUUAUCAUGAAAAUUUAACAGAUAAAUGUUUGUCAGGAGGUGAACAUAGAACACCUGGAGCUCAAGCUGGUUAUCAAUGUGCUGGACUUUUAUUAACAUUAGCAAUGGCUACUGUUGGAGGACUAGUAACUGGAAUUGUUCUUCGUUUACCUAUCUUUGCUUCACCAGAUAAUGAUUCUUAUUUUGAUGAUAGUCUUAAUUGGCAUGUUCCACAAGAUUUUGUUGCUGAAGAUUCAGCAUUAGGUUCUUUAAUUAAAAAUCUUUUACCAAAUAACAUACAACUUCACGAACCGCCUAAACAAGAUGCAAAUACAAUUGAACUUGUUCAUGAAAAUAUACCUAAACAAUCAAUGGAAGCAAUGGCUCGAUAUUCAACUCAAUCAGCAACUUUACCUUUAUCCGAUUUAAAAAAUGAUCGAACUCAAUCAACAUCACUCGAUGAAUCUAUUCAACGAUUAUAA